CCACACACUCCUUCACGUAAAAUUGCACACAUAACUUUGAAUUCCGGCCUAGCAAAAGCAAUGGGGAGAACACCUUGCUGCGACAAAACUGGCCUCAAGAAAGGUCCAUGGACACCCGAGGAAGAUCUCAAGCUUACUAACUAUGUUCAGAUUCAUGGCCCCAGCAAUUGGCGCUCCCUCCCUAAGAAAGCUGGGCUGCAAAGAUGUGGAAAGAGUUGCCGUCUGAGAUGGACGAACUACCUUAGACCUGAUAUCAAGAGAGGAAGAUUUUCGUUUGAAGAAGAAGAGACGAUAAUUCAACUACACAGUGUCUUGGGCAACAAAUGGUCGGCUAUUGCCGCUCGCUUGCCGGGACGGACCGAUAACGAGAUCAAGAACUACUGGAACACUCAUAUAAGGAAAAGGCUUCUGAGAAAAGGGAUCGACCCGGUGACGCAUGCGCCACGGCUCGAUUUCCUCGACCUUUCCUCGAUCUUGAGCUUGAAUUUGUGCAACCAGUCGAUUGUCAAUGUGUCAAACUUGUUAGGUGCACAAGCUCUCCUAAACCCUCAACUGCUACGGCUAGCCAACACUCUCUUGUCGUUGAAGCAAGACAACCCUGAAAUACUCUUACAACAUCUCCAACAAAACCAGCAGCUUAGUAAUAAUAAUUCUCAACCAAACCAUCAGCUUCAAGUUCAUGCAAGCAUCCGGAGAAGGGUUUCUCAGCUGCUCGAAUUCCCAAGAAACGUUUGUUUCGCAGCCAAAUUACGUUCAGUAUGGUCCGAAUACGACGAUUCCUCUCGUGUCUGAAAAUUCAAAUAUCCGAUCA